CCCAUCCAUUCCCCUAUUCCAGUUCCCAAGCCACCAACUGCUGCCACUCCUUCUCCUUCCCCAUCACCCUUCGUCAAGUCAAUCAAAGAUUGCGCCCCACUGUGCACGGGGAGGUGCAAGCUGCACUCGAGGCCGAAUCGGUGCAACAGGGCCUGCGUGAGUUGCUGCUCCAAGUGCAAAUGCGUUCCCCCUGGUACCUAUGGCAACCGUGAGCAGUGCGGGACUUGCUACACUGGCUUGACCACUAAAUUCAACCAGCCCAAGUGCCCUUAGAGAAGAAAACUCUGCGUGUUUCCCCUGUUUCUUUCUACGUAUUGUUAUGGGUUUAGAAGCUAUGAAAUGUUGUAUCGUCGGAAAGAGUCUUGAGAGAGAGAGAGAGAGACCAGCGGGUUCGGAAAAUAAAAUGGGGUUGCUAGAUAAGUGUAAUGUUUGCGGGAGUUUCAAAUUCGUUUCUACUAUGUGGUUAUAUAUAUGAU